CUGUGCGGGGCUCACCAUGUCGAGGUGUCGUCGGGAUCCCUCGCCGGCCGCCUCCCGAGAGAAUUACCCUUUGCCUCCGGAGCCUUCCGCGGAGACCGUAACCGAGCGGCUACGGGCAGUCGCAGAGUUCCUCCGGUGGGGACUUCCGUUGUGCCAGUCCCACACGGUGGAGUUCUACACCCGGGGGCUCUGGGAGAAGUUCGUAGCUCUUCCUCCCGAGACGGUGCUGGGCGCGCUGAGCGGAGACAGGUUGCAGCAUCUCCUGGAAGAGCCGACUCCGCAGCGCCCCCUGGAGGAAGUCGCCGAUAACUCUGGAUUUUACAACAUUUUUUGUAAAAAUACUCAGAGGCUGAUUAAUGUCCAGGCUUUUGUACUAGCUGCUAAAUACUAUUCCAUGCCAAAUCUUGGAGUAUGCACCUCAUUAGAGCAGAUACUCAAAGCAAUGGACAGAAAACAGCAACCAAAGGUAGAAAUGAAAACAGAUAAUUUUAUGAAUGAUAAGAAAUCACAUGAAGUAAAACUGAUGUCAGAUUUAGUAGAUGGCAUUGCAAAAUAUUAUGGCUUAAACCAGGUAAUUGACCUGGGUUCUGGAAAAGGUUACCUGAGCUCUUUCUUGUCAUUGCAAUAUGAUCUAAAGGUUUAUGGAAUUGAUUCUUCAAAUACAAACACCCAUGGAGCUAAUGAAAGAAACAGGAAAUUAAAAAAACACUGGACAGCCUAUCAAAGACAUGCAGAAGCAAAUGUCAGAGAUCAGACAUUGAAAGAAGCCAAGAAAAGUGCAGAACAAGAUAAGGAGAAAUAUAACGCAAAGACCAGUGAAACUUGGUUAAGAACUAAUAAAAGUCUUCAGAGCCAAGUCCAAGUGGCUGUUUCAGAUGCUCUUGGUACUGAAUCAGCUGAAAUUAGCCCAGAUCCUAAUAUAGGGAUUACUAAAAAUCAGUAUGAACUCAAGCCUGAGGUUCGGGUGCAACUCAUUGAGAACAAUAUAUCAGAAAAUGCAUUUCUAGAUAUUCUGCCUACCGAUGCGGUAGAAGUAGAUUGUUCAUCCAGAAAUAAUUGCAGAGAGCUCUGUGAAGAAGAGAAAGAACAAAGGAAGGCGGCUUCUUUGAAAGCCAAAGCCAGCCGGUCAAAAGAGGCCAACAUUUAUUCUCCGUUGACAUCGUUUAUAACUGCAGAAACAGAGCUACGUGAUAUUGUUGGAGAUCUGGAGGACUGUGUACUUGUGGGUCUGCAUACCUGUGGUGAUCUUGCUCCAAGCACAUUGAGACUGUUUAAUGUUGUACCUGAAAUCAAGGCAGUUUGCAGUGUGGGAUGUUGCUACCAUUUGCUUUCAGAGGAACAUGAAAUGCAUGAAGAAGGGACUCGGGGAAUAUGGGGUUUCCCUUUGGGACGCUAUUUGAAAGAAGAGGGAUGGUUCUGUGGUCGAAAUGCUAGAAUGGCUGCCUGUUUGGCUCUGGAAAGAGUUGCAGUUGGUCAGAUGCUACCCACAGAAUCUUUGUUUUAUCGGGCUGUGCUGCAGGUUAUUGUAGAAGAAUGUUAUGGCAUCAAGAGAAGUGAUCGUAAUAUUGGAAAAGUAUAUUCUAAAUCAUCUUCAUUUUUGGAUUACGUUAGAAUUUCCUUGAAAAAACUUGAACUAGAUGAAUCAAAGAUUUCAGACAGCCUCGUAUUAGAAUACCUUGAAAAAUACAAGUACAGAAUGAAUGAACUGGAAGCUUUUAAUAUGCUGAAAGUUGUUCUAGGACCUUGCAUAGAGGUGUUGAUACUUCUAGAUCGUCUCUGCUUUCUCAAAGAACAGGACAACAUUGCCUGGUCUGGACUGGUAAAGUUAUUUGAUGCCAUAAAAUCCCCCAGAUGCUAUGCAGUUGUAGCUUUGAAGAAAUAAGACUUUUCACAUGCAGGAUGAAGUAAUAUUUGGAAAAAAAUAUUGUAAAUUUGUUUUGAUUUUUACGACCAUUUUACAUGAUUAAGAAUUCCAUUAUUUGUGUAUUUUUAUUGCUAAUAUAUUAUGACAAAUGAAAUAAAAAUAAAGUUUAUCCUU